AUGUCAACAACGACUACAGAGAUCGAAACUCGUGUGAGCCGUCAAUCCAGCACUGCCGGUUCAUGGCCGUCACUUAGCCACAAUCAAGAUGAUCCCGGGAGUCAUUUCGUCGAGUUGACCUCGUCCUUCGAUGAAUCCUCGAGAAAUGUCACCACGGCCGUACCCGAGGGUGGUUAUGGUUGGGCCGUUGUCACGAGCUGUGCAAUUAUGACCUUCUGGUUCAAUGGCAUCGUCGGCUCCUGGGGUGUCCUUCAAGUGGCCCUUCUACGAUCCAAACUCGUAACGACGCCAACAUCAACGGCGUCUUUCAUCACCGGACUUUGUCUCGCAUGUAUUGUGGCUUUCGGUCUGUUCGGCGUCACUAUGGCCCGGCUGCUUGGAGCAAGAACGACCGCAUUGUUGGGAAUCAUAUCCGUCGGCAUUGCAGAAGUUGGUUCGAGUUUCACGACGACAAAUAUUGGUGGCUUGUUUGGUUGCUCUGGUGUGAUUCUGGGUCUAGGGGCAUGUCUCUGCUACUCGGUAUCUAACAUCCUCCCAACACACUACUUUGUCGCCAAAAUCGGACUCGCUUCUGGCAUCGUCAAGCUUGGAGGCGGCAUUGGUGCUGCAGUCCUCUCCAUCGCCAUUGAUGCUAUGAUCAGACACAUCGGCAUCGACUGGACGUUCCGUGUACUGGGCCUUUGCAUUCUGGCUACGGGUGUCCCAGCCGCCUGCAUCAUCCGUGAGCGUGUCCCAAUCAGACAAGCCCCAUUCCUCGAUCUAUCGAUGUUCCAACACCUCUCCUUCACUGCCAUCUUCCUCGCUGGCGCCAUUGGGGUAUUCUGCAUGUUCGUCCCACCCUACUUUCUCCCCUUGGUGGCCCAAUCCGUCGGCCUGAGCUCCACCACCGGCGCCGGUCUCGUCGCCAGCUUCAACGCCUGCACUGCCGUCGGCCGCUUUACAUCCGGCUGGUUGAGCGACUACACAGGGCCCGUGAACAUGUUCCUGCUGGCCAUGGUUGUCAACGCAGUCAGUAUGCUCGCCAUCUGGCCUGUGUCGGACUCAUUUGGCCCGCUUCUCGUCUUCGCCAUUCUAAAUGGCCUCGCCAAUGGCGCUUUCUUCACCAUCUACCCUGUCGUCGUAGCCAGUACAGCUGCCGCGAUCGGUCGCGGCGACACAACGAGCCAGGCUGUCGCCAUGGGCAUGGGCGCUACUGGCUGGACGGCAGGUUAUCUCCUUGGUGUGCCUAUUGCGGGCUAUCUCCUCGAAGCGUCUGGUGUGGGUAUGCCUUCAGAUUCGAACUCUGGUGCCCAAGAACAUCCAGCUACGUCGAUUGCACCAUUUCGCCCUGCGAUCUUCUAUGCAGGCGGCGUGGCACUUGCAUCUGCGGGGUUUGUUUUGGUCGCUAGAUUGAAAAUGGGCCAGGGUGGGAAAAAGAAGGUCUGA